CGCUCGCGCUGGAUGUGAAUCACAUCUCAUCUCAUCUCAUCUAUGCACGCGUUUUCUAUUAUUACUUUUCCGUGCAAAUGCAUUUUGUUCCAUUUUAUUUCAGUGAACUUUCGAUACAUUUUGUGCUUUUGUAUAGAAUUUUUGCUUUGAUUUCGUGUUUUUAAUGUUUUAAUGUACAAUGCCGGUGCCGCGUUGAAUGGACACGAUGAUCAUAAUCAUAAUAAUGAAUAUUUAAUUUUAUUCAAUGUUUUUGGAAUUUUCCCCGUGAUGCUGCGAUCGGACGAGCAAACACGACUCUGAGCAGAGAAAAAAGAUGAAGAAGGGACUGAUUUGAACGAGCGACUGAGAUUGAGACUCUAUCACACACAAGAAUGCGCGUUAAAUACGCCGUCUCUGUCAUCUUUAUUUUGGCUCUGGUCAUUAUAGAAAAGGAAAACAACAUAAUUUCCAAGGUGUCUGAUAAGUUGAGCCCAAAGCUGACCCCUUUGACGCCACUCCUGCGGCCCACUGCAUCUGUCUCGUCCACUCAGGGACACAAUGGAUCUGUUUUAUCUAUCAUCAGCCAGACUGAAAUCUUGCCCUAUCGGGUGAACAACUUUGCCCAGUCCGUCCAGGAGAGCCCGUCACCUGUGUCUGCCGCAGGAGGAAGGAAACACAUUCUUCUGUUGGCAACGACUCGUACAGGCUCCUCGUUCGUGGGUGAAUUCUUUAACCAGCAGGGGUCAAAUAUGUUUUACCUGUUUGAGCCGCUGUGGCACGUGGAGCGCAUGUUAACGGUGGAGAGCGGAGGGACGAACGCCACAGUGGCGGGCCCGGCGUAUCGUGACGUUCUGCGCCAGCUGUUCCUGUGUGACUUCUCUCUGUUGGAGAGCUUCAUCGAGCCCCCACCGCAAGAGCACGUUACCUCCUUCCUCUUCCGUCGUGAAUCGAGCCAAUCGCUGUGCGAAGAUCCCAUCUGCACGCCCUUUGUCAAAAAAGAAUUUGAGCGCUACCACUGUCGCUCGCGCCGCUGCGGACCGCUCAACCUGACCCUCGCCUCUCACUCCUGCAUGCAGAAGCAGCAUCUUGCCAUUAAAUCCGUCCGCGUGCGUCAGUUAGAAACUCUGAGGCCGUUGGCCGAGGACCCCCGACUAGACAUGAAAUUCAUCCAGCUGGUCCGAGACCCUCGCGCCGUGCUCGCCUCACGAAUGGUUGCCUUUUCUAGCAAGUACAAAAACUGGAAGAGGUGGGUCACGGACAGAGACGUUCCAGUAGACGACAACGAAGUGAGAAAGCUGAAAGGAAAUUGCGAUAACAUUCGCUUGUCUGCUGAGAUCGGACUGAAACAGCCAGCGUGGCUUCGUGGCCGCUACAUGCUGGUACGCUACGAGGACAUAGCUCGGUUCCCCAUGAGCAAAGCAGCAGACAUGUACAAUUUCACAGGGCUUCCCUUUAGCUCAAAGUUAGAAGAGUGGAUCUUAAAAAGUACUCAAGCGUCUAAGGAGAUGACUGGAGUGUAUUCCACUCAGAAAAACUCCUCUGAACAGGUGGAGAAAUGGAGGUUUAGCAUUCCCUUCAAACUGGUCCAGUUGGUGGAAAAAGUAUGCGGCCCCGCCAUGACUCUAUUUGGCUACAGGUUCGCAGAGAACAAAGAGAUGUUGACUGAUAAAUCAGUGAGUUUGAUUGAAGAAAAAACAUUCUUAUGAUUGUAAACGGACUUCACGAGACUAACGCUGAGAUUUAUGAAGAAGUAUGUGACGUACUGUAAACUGUCAUGACAGCGCUUUUGAAUCAAAUAUUUACUUUUGUAAUAGAUGGCCAGUAAGUCAAAGGUAAUGGAGUUGUUAGAUGUGGGUGUUCUUACACCGUACGUGUGUUUAUUUUAAGUGGAGUGGGUGGUUCUCUAAAGAUUCUUUCUACAGCUGGUUUGCAGAAAUACAACAUAUAUUAUUAGAAACUACUCACUCACCUUAGGAAGAAGCGUUUUUUUAAGUGAACAGAUGUCAUUUAUAGACGUACUGUAUAUGAACAGGCUCUAUAUAGGAGUGAACUGGAAAUGCCACAUCCAUGCAGUUUGUUGAGAAGAGGCUGUAAUAUUUUGUGAUACAGACGUCAAAUCCUCCAUGUGUUUUCUCUGUGGUUUUGGCCAAGCAAAUAAUAAACAUAUGAUGUAUCGAGGCCAUCACAGCUCAACAAGUUAGAAAAACGACAUUUACAGUGUAUGACAACGAGGAGAUUAUGUUUAUUUGUUCCUGUUCAAAAUCUUUCUUUCCAUCAGGAAAUAUCAGAUUUUUGUCUGAUAUCCAAAAUCCUUUGACUUUGUCCACUGAAUCUGAAUGUUUGUGCCUUGUCUUUACUGAUUUUGCAGUUAAGAACAGUUAAGAGUACUCCUUGGUAAUGGCAAGCAUCAUUACAUUCAAUUUGAUUGAACUAUUUAAUGAAAUAUUUGAUGGCGGUUCUGCCACAGAGUUGGUAAAGUGCAGAAUGUGAAGAUCUUUUGCUACAGCUGAGGAUUCAUGAAUCUUCUCUCACAUGUUUUCUGCACAGGGAUCUAAAUUUAAACAAAGAUCUGCAAGCACUAAUUAGGGUGGAGUCCACGUCCUCGUAAACCACCACGACGGCUCAAAAAUACAAAGCAUCAUGACAUUUCUUUGAGCAAAUGCAAACUCUGAAAUCUUGGGUUGGGUCACAUCCAUGCCCAUCCAUCCACACACUUCUAGCAAUAUUUUAUCUACAAGCAUGAAGCUGUCGUGUUCACAACGCUAUCUGCUGUUUAAAGCACCAAAAAAAAUCUAACAUGAUGAUUUACUCAGAACUCCUCCUGUGUGUGGUAUAGCGCAGUUUACUAAACACCCCCCCCCCCAUACACACACUUAAACUAUAGCUUCACUUCACUCUAUAUAUUACAGAUAAAAGAAUCAAAGAAUUUUUCACAAAGACAUUUUAGGCUUCAUUUUAAAGCCGAAGAAUCUGUGUGGUUAUUAUGGACUGUGUGUAAAGGGUGGAGCACGGGUGUACGGUCAAAGCAAAUAUAGAAUUUACCAACCACUUUCCACAGUCUCAGACGCUGCUCUUUUCCUUACAAGUGAAAUAAAGCUAUUACGCUCCACCCUGCAUCCAGACCACCCCACCACAUCAGAUAAGGAGAAGCAUAAUAUUAAUCCUUUAGAGAAGAUAGUAUUGCAUUGUUGAUUCAAAGUAUUCGUUACUUACUGGUAUCAUCCAGUUCAAUUUCUGAGAUUAGAAAUUCAGAAAAAGACCCAGAAUCCAUGCAGGCCAUAAAAACUCUUCUUACACACUUUAAACAUUCAUACACCACUGUUUUCACUUUAAAGUAAGUGAACCAGCUACAUGAUGUUUUAAGAAGAAGAAUUACGUUUGUUGUCAGCUGUAAGAUAUUAAAAAGCUCAAGAAUGGUCUGUCUGAAUAUUAAAUGAGCAGAGACAAUUUUUUGAUGGACAACAUCACUGAUUUGCCUCUUUUUUUAACCAUCAAUAGAAGCCAAAUGCAAUAACAGAUCUAAGACUUUCUAUAAUUGCUCUCUAUAAGUGUUCUCAUCCUCAUCGACAGUUCAGAGUGUUUUAAUACCAGCCACUGAGUGGCUUUGCUGUUUUUUCUUUUCCCAAAUGAAAUCACAGUGGCUCUCUGACCAGGUGCUCAAAAUAGAUUUAAGGCUAAGCGCUUACAUUCCUCCCUGUGUGUGUGUCAAACAUUCUGCCACCGGCUGGUAUGCGAUCGACCAAUUCAGCCUUGAAUUUAGCAAACAGACAUCAAAUAUUCAUAUUGUUUGAUUAUCUUCUGCAGGCUGGGGAUGGUUCCAACAUUCCUGUUCUAAGUUGAACAAAUGCUUGCCUUCCACUGUUAGUAACAGAAAACAUACAAAAAUCUAGUCUGCCAUGUAUAACCCAAUAACUGUGAUCUUAAUUUAUGUCACAUUUAUUUUAUUUCACUUUAUUGAUUUUAUUUCACAUUUAAUAAAUAUAUUGCAACACUUCCGCAACAUAAAACCUCAAAACAAAAGAUAAAACUUUACAAUAAAGUUGGAUUUGGUAACAUUAGUUCAUUGGUUUUUG